AUGAGUUUCUUUAAACCGGUCGAGAAUAUCUCGGCUAUAGGGGACCGAGUCCCCGCCUUGGAGUCGUAUGUCCCAAACAGUAUAUUCUAUGUGAUCCUCUACGUAUUAGCACUCCCACCCAACAUUCUCUUGGCAUACAUGGGAUUGAAGCCGGGUUUAAUAACCUCAAGAGUCAAGUAUCCGACUCUAGGGAUGACGAUUGCCAAUCUGUUCGGCUUGAUAGGAUUUCUGAUCAUGUCAUUUGUGUAUCUGUUCGCUGUUUAUGAAGAGGUAAGCGGGCACAAUCUGUUUUGUCUAGGGAUUACAAAUUAUCAAUUUCGUGGCUUCAUUGUCCUCAAAUUACUGUUUAUGUUUUCAGUACAAAUUGAGCUUAUUUAUGGCCAGUUUUCUGAGGACCAUCCUCUUCAACUCUUCUUAUGUUUGUUACUUUGUGUUUCCUGUUCUGGCUAUCGACCAGUACUUGUAUGUAUGCCAAAACUACGAAAUGAAGAUACGAUCCUUGGCUGUGAUUAUCAGCAUUUGCUUUGCAAUUCCGAUGUUGGUGGCCAUAUACGACCUCUUCCUCCAGGAUGUCGUCUUAUACGACUACAUGUUCCUCUAUGUCAGGAUGUCGUUGUAUACGAACCUGGUGGGUCAAUUUUAUAAUAUUUUCACAAUGAUCCCGAAAAGGACAUAGAUUCGGAUUUUGUAUUAAGAAAUCGUGACUUUCGUCCGCGAAAACAAAAAAUAUAUUUAUAUAUCCGCGAUUUUCGUCCCGGCCUGUUCGGCGAGCCGUGUAUAGUCCGCAUGCAUGAUAUUGUAAGAAUAAAUAUGGAUCUUUCAGUUCGUAUUCUUUGUCCUGGCACCGUCCUUCUUCAUCUUCUCCUUUGUUUGUAACCUGCUGGUACUCUCGUCCAUCCUCCGACGCCAAAGCAAAACAGCUCGAAAGCAAAUCGGCCGAGCCCUCAACCCGCGCCAAUUGCAACAGCAGAAAAGUGUCGUAUACACAUAUAUUCUGCAGGCCUUCAUGCCGUUGGUCUUGGCCACUCCUUAUUAUAUUGCAAGUACGUCGUUUGCUUACUGAAUUACAAUUUUCCUCUUUCCAAACUCAAACAUCGCUUAUAAUUGGAAACAGAGAAACCACGAUUUGUUUUUCGGUCAUGUUGUCCUUAUUAUAGAAGCAAAAUGUAUCCUUAUAUUUCAGGCCUUUGCUUUAUGUUCAAUGUCGAAAUCAACUUGAAUUGGUUUGUGUUCGGAGAGGCGAUUAUCGGUGCCCACCCUCUCACAAAUGCCUUAACCACUCUACUUCUACUUAGACCAUACAGACGUGCCUUCAAAAAGAUAUAUCCAUAUUUCAACCGGGGAUCGUGGAAACGGAGAUAUGAUUCAAUCAACGAACCCAAUGCCACUAUGCAGAAGCCUGAUCGAGAUACGGACAGCGGGCUGGGACAAAAUAACGACAGUUCCAAUGGGAACAUGACGGCUGUCUCUCUUUGA